GAUAUUUUAAUCAAUUGUCGUAGAGCAGUGACAUCACUAGCUGUAAACCCUAUACUUCCCUAUCAGUUAGCUGUGGGAUGUUCUGAUAGCUCUGUUAGAAUGUUUGAUAGAAGAAUGCUAGGCACUCGAGCCACAGGGCACUAUACUGGACGUGGAAUCCAAGGAAUGAUUGCCAGAUUCUGUCCUCAGCAACUUGUACGUAAAUAUUGCCGUCCAACCUCACUAUGUUAUGCUCCUGACGGUGAAGAGUUACUCGUCAGCUACUCUUCUGAUUACAUUUAUCUAUUUAAUCUUGGAGAUAAAGGAGAAAAAGAACUGAAGCUGUCUUCUACAUAUGGUGCAUCAGCGUCCACUUCUUUCAGUUCAGCUUCAGUCUCGACACAGGGAGCAGAGAAAGGAGAAGAAGCACCUCCACCACUUCAUCCUGUUAAACGUCUACGCAUACGUGGUGAUUGGUCUGAUACUGGUCCCAAUGCAAGACCUCAGAGUGAAAGACAGGAAGUAGGUGAAAGGUCGCCCCACACGACAUUAAUGCAGCGUAUGUCUGAUAUGUUUACACGUUGGCUAGAGAACCCCUCAUCCCAUGCCAGUAGAAGUGCUGCUGCAAGUGGAGCAGUCAACGAUGAGGGUGAUAGCCAGGCUGAGGAACUUGUCAAUGAACAGAGUGUUGGAGAUAGUAACAGUCUGGCCGAAGGAAGAACCAAUGAAGAGAGUGAUGGAGAUGGUAACAGUCAUGCAGAGAAAGGUGCCAAUGAACAGGCUGGUGGUUACAGUAAGGUGCAGGGAGGCCCUUGUGAACAGAGUGUUACAGCAGAACAGCCAUCAUCAAUUGAGUCAUCAUCAAUUGAAGAUAGGUCACACAAUCCUCACCCUGUUUCAGUAACUGAUACUGAACAAUCUUCUGAAGCUGUAUGUGCUUUGAAAACAAGAUUAGAUGAUCUGGACUUUUCAUGUGACAAAGACACCAACCCCAAUUGUGUGCUACCAUGCACUGUUGAUGACAGGGUAGCAGAUGAACCUGUGACAUAUAUUAUUAAAGUUAACACUAAGAGUGAGAACAAUGAACCUGUGUGUGGACUAGACACUGCUGUAAGCCAGACAGAAACUGACAUUAGUCUAUGUAUGGCAAACAUAUCCCAAGGAUCAUCUGGUGUGGUUCAGACUGAAGAGAAUAUCAUGACUUCACUGAGCAGUGUUGGGGAAGUAAAGGAUAUACCAGUAGAAUAUCUUUGUUCAG